CCGGCGCGGUGCGGUGCGGUGCGGGCCGGCGGCAGAGCAGAGGCUGCGGGGACGAGCAGGCGGGCGCCGGGCCGGGGACGCGAUGCACUCGCUCUUUAGGAAACGCAAUAAAGGGAAAUACAGCCCCACGGUGCAAAAGAAGAGCAUCUCCAGCAAAGAGCUGACGGAGCUCAUAGAGCGCCUGCAGAAAAAUGCCGACCAGGUGGAGAAAAACAUCGUGGAGACCGACUCCCGAAUGCAGAAUGACUUGCACAAGAUCAAGGCCUGCCAGCUAGCACAGUACAAGGACCUGACAGCCCAGAAACUCAGCGAGUCUGACAAGCUGCUCUAUGUGCUGGACGGGGAUGCAGCCGUGGCCCGGCACAUGAAGCAUCCCCAGGGUGACAUGAUCACAGAAGACAUCCGGCAGCUGAAGGAGCGUGUGGCAAACCUGCGUGUGAAACACGAGCAGAUCUACAGCUUCCCCCUGCAGCAGCACGUGGAGCCCCAGGUCAACUGGGCAACAGUGAUCGAGGAGAAACAGGAUGCCUUAAACACCAAAGGCUUUGGGACUGAUUUGCCACUGGUCAACAGCCAAGUAGAAGAGCACAACAUCUUCCACAACGAGGUCAUGGCCAUCGGCCCACACAUCGCCAAGGAAGGCAGCAAGGAAUUCACCAGCGACUUCCAAGCCAAAUACCAGAAGCUGCUGGCUGGCUCCCAGCAGAGGCAGCAGGACCUGAACUCGCUGCAGGAUUACAUGCAGCGUUGUACCAACAAGCUCUACUGGCUGGAUCAGCAGGCCAAGGACAGGACCCACUAUGACUGGAGUGACCACAACCUGGACUAUCCCAGCCGGCGCCGGCAGUACGAGAACUUCAUCCACCGGAAGCUGGAGGAGAAGGAGGAGGCCAUCAACAAGCUGCAUGCAGAUGGAGAUCAGCUGCUCACCCAGAACCACCCUGGCAAGAAUUCCAUCGAGGCUCACAUCGAGGCAGUGCAUGCUGACUGGAAGGAGUACCUCAACCUGCUCAUCUGUGAGGAGAGCCACCUCAAGUUCAUGGAGGACUUCCACAAGUUCCAGAAGGACACUAAGGAUGCCCAGGAGCUCUUGAAGAAGGUGGACACAGAGCUGGACCAAAAAUUCAGCCCUGAGUUCAAGGACAGAUACCAGCUUGAGUCACUCCUCAGGGAGCUGGAUGACCAGGAGAAGGCCUUGGACAAGUAUUUGGAGGUGGUGAAGUCCCUGCAGGAGCGCAGCCACCUCAUCCUGCCCCUGCGCUACCGGCGCCAGGCGCCGCCGCAGCCCGUGCCCGUGGAGGCCCUCUGCGAGUACGAAGGCGAGCAGGGCCAGAUCAGCCGAGGAGCCCACUACACCCUGCAGAAGAACAGCGGAGACAUUUGGGAAGUGGCAGAUAGCUCAGGAGACAAGAUCAGUGCCCCAGGGGUCUGCUUCAUGAUCCCCCCACCUGAUGAAGAAGCAAUAGCCCUGGCAGACCAAAUUGCCAGUCACUACGUGGCAGUGAAGGAGAAGACAGGGAACUGCAAGAACAUCCUCCAGCAGCGCUACGAGGGGCUGAAGGCUGACAGCAUUGGAGAUGCUGCAUCGAUUCGGGGCCGCCAGCUCCUGGCUGGGCUGGAGAAAGUGACCAGUGACCUGGACAAGCAGGAGAAAGCAAUAACAGCAAACCUCCGCCCACCCCUGGAGCAGAGCCGGGCUGUGCAGGACAGCACCGAGCGCUCCAAGGACCUGAAGAACAUCACCAACGAGGUCCGUCGCAUUGAACCUGAGAAAGUGAGGAAGAUCCAGGAGUGUGAGGCCUUCAUUGAGUCUGUGCCCAACACUGGCAGUGCCACCCUGGUAAAGAACAAGGUGGAGAACACCAACAAGAAGUACGACCGUGUGGUCCAGCUGCUCAGCGCUGCACAAGAGAAAGUUGAGGUGGCCACACACCUCGAGAGGAGUCUCCAGCAAGGCAGAGACCUGCUGUCCACCUAUGAGAACAAGCUGGUCACGGAUGACACGGUCCCAGAGGAUUUACGGGUCAUAGAGCGCAAGAAAGAAGAGCUGCUGGCCAUGGGCACUGAGCUCCAAUCCAAAAGGUUCCUGCUCAAUGAAGCAGAGCAGAACUUGCAAAGGACGAAGACAUGCUCCAACACCCUGGCCAGCAGGUUCCAGGAGCACUGCCCUGACAUCGAGCGCCAGGAGGCCGAGCUCUACAAACUCAACCAGCGCUUCAACAACCUCAGCAAGCAAAUCGACCACAGAACACAGACCCUGCAGAAAGCAAAAAGUGCCUACACCAACUACCGCACCCACUAUGAGAAAAUGACCCAGUUUCUGUGCAACAUCCCCAACUAUGAGCCCCAGGAGACUGACAACAUCCAGCAAGUGGAAACGAAGCUGAAGAACCAAGCGGCACUCCUCAGUGACAUUGCCAGCAAGGAACAGGAGGUGCAGGAGGUCUCUGCCACUGCUCAGCAAUACCAGCAGGCAGUGAAGGACUAUGAGUUGGAAGCAGAGAAGCUACGGUCCAUCCUCGACCUAGAGAACGGCCGGAACGGGUACAUGAGCAAGAAGCCCAGGCUCCAGUCUCCAGCUGCAAAAGUGAAAGAGGAGGAAGCUGUUCUGGCAGCCAAGUUCACCGAAGUAAAUGCUGUGAACAAGCAGAGGCUGCAGAACCUGGAGUUUGCUCAGAGCCUCCUGCGGCAGCAACCAGAGGUUCAACUGACACAAGAUUUUGUCCAGACCAAGAGAUCUGUAAGGCCUGCAGAAGAAGUCUGGAAGUUGAAGAAGGAGCUUGAGGAUGAGACUCAGCGUCGGCAACAGCUAGAAGCAGAGAUCGAAGCCAUUCAGAACAACAUUGUCCACCUGCAAAACCAGAAGCCCCAAGAAACUAUCAUCAAGAAAGAGCUGCUGAAGAAAGUGCCUGACCCUCAGCUGGAGGAGAGCUUCCACAGGCUGCAGCAAAACCUAGCAGAAGAGCAACGUAAGAACCAGGUGCUCCAGGAUGAGCUGGAGGCUCUGAAAACCAGGCUGCGUGUUUUGGAGCACGAGAAGAGGGAAGGAGGGCAGGAGUACAUAGUGAAAGAGGUUCUACGUAUUGAACAAGAUAAAGCUCAGGCAGAGGAAAUCCUGAAGCUCAAAGAGGAACUGGAAGAGCUCAGGAGGCAGGAAGGAACCAGAGAGAAUGAAGUCACCCUCCUGCGCCAACAGAUCGCCGUGUUAUCCAGCGAGAAGAACAAAGAGCAGGAGAAGGUGACGGAGAAGGAGGUGCUGAAGCUGCAGAACGAUCCCCAGCUGGAGAUGGAGUUCCAGAUGCUGCAAGAGAACAAGCAGAGGGAGAGUGCCCUUCGGCAGAAGCACGAGGAAGAGCUCAGCUUCCUCCAGGACAAGCUCAAACGUCUGGAGAAGGAACGGGCCAUCGCCGAGGGCAAAAUCACUGUCAAGGAGGUGUUAAAGGUAGAGAAAGACUUAACCAUCGAGAGAGAGGUGAAUGAGCUCCGGCGCCAGUACGAAGAUGAGAAGUCCAAGGGUCGUUCCAACGAGAGGGAAAAGGCUGAGCUGCUCAGGAAGAUCCAGCUGCUGGAGGAAGAGAAUGCCAAGGUGGUCGUGCAGGAGAAGGUGCGUGAGAUCGUGCGCCCGGAUCCCAAGGCUGAAAAUGAAGUCGCCAACCUUCGGUUGGAGCUGGUGGAGCAGGAGAGGAGAUACCGGGGCGGUGACGAACAGCUGAAGAGCUGCCAGAAUGAGCUGGCUGCUCUGAGGAACAGGGGGCCACUGGUAGAAGUCAAAGAAGUCAUUAAGGAGGUCAUUAAGUACAAGAACGACCCGGAAACUGAAAUGGAGCUACAGCGGCUCCGAGAGGAAAUCAUAGAGAGAACGGGAGCAAUUGAAAGGGCUGAUCUUGAGAUCUACCAGCUGAAACAAGAGAUCCAAGCUUUGAAAGAUGCCAAACCUCAAGUGCACACAAAGGAAGUUGUUCAAGAAAUUCUGCAGUUUAGGGAAGACCCAAAGACCAGAGAGGAGGUAGAAUCUCUGAGAGCGCAGCUGGCAGAUGAACAGAUGAAGCACAUUGACCUGGAGAGAGAGCGGCUCCUCCAAGAAGAGAAAGUAAGGCAGAAAGAAGAAGAACUUUCCCAAGUGAAGGAGAAAGUGGUUCAACAGGAGGUAGUGAAGUAUGAGCAAGAUCCUGCCUUGAAAGCUGAAGUCAGCUCCUUCUCUCAGAGCAUUGAGAGCGAGCUGAAGCAAAUCGACUCCCUCCGUGAAGAGCUCCGCAAGCUGCAGAGGAGGAGGUCUGAGCUCGAGCGUCAGCUGGAGGAACUCGAGAAGGAGAGACAGGCCCGCAGAGAGGCUGAGCUGGAGGUGCAGAGGCUGAAGAUUAGGUUGAACGAAUUGGAAGAACAGGAGAGGGAGACAACAGAACGAGUGACAGUGAAACAGAAAGUGAUCCUUCAGCAAGAUCCCCAGCAAGAAAAGGAGCACUCCCUCCUCAAGCUGGAGCUGGAAGAAGAGAAGCACCGCAGACAAGUCUUGCAAACUGAACUAGAAGCCCUGAGAAAGAAGCUCCUUUCGUUGGAGAAGAUGGAGGUCAAAGAGAAAGUGGUCUUCUCUGAGAGUGUCCAAGUGGACAAAGGAGACACAGAGUACGAGAUUCAAAAGCUGAAGAGCAACCUGGAAGAAGAAAGCAGGCGUAAGAGAGAGCUAGAUGCAGAUAUCAACCGCCUCGAAACCAGGCUGUCCGAGGUGGAAUUCAACAACUCCAAGUCAUCAAAGGAGCUGGACUUGUUAAGGGAGGAAAACCACAAGCUACACCUCGAGAAACAGAACCUGCUGAUGGAAACCAGGAGGCUGCAGUCAGAGAUUGAACUCACAGUGACAGAAGCUCGGGAUCUGAGAAACAUGAGCCACGUAGACAGCGGAAUAAACCUGGACUCCAGAUUCCAAGCUCUGGAAAGAGAGUUAGAUGAUCUGAAGCAGUUAUCCAGAGACAAAGAUGCAGAGAUCGAGCAGCUCCAGAAUCGCCUCAAGACGGUGGCCAUCAAGAGGGAACAAAGAGAGAACCACCUGAGACGCUCCAUCGUGGUCAUCGACCCCGACACGGGGAAAGAGAUGUCUCCAGAGGAAGCUCACGUGCUUGGCCUCAUCGAAUGGAGCCUCUUUGUCAAGCUGAAGAGUCAGGAGUGUGACUGGGAGGAGAUCUCAAUAAAGGGUCCCAACGGGGAAUCAUCUGUGAUCCUCGACAGGAAGUCUGGUCGGGAGUUCUCAAUCGAGGAUGCCCUGAAGAGUGGGAGGCUCACCACGGCUCAGUACAACAGUUACCUCAACAAGGAGAUGUCGAUCCAGGAGUUGGCAGUCUUGGUGUCUGGAAGUAAUUACACAGCCCUCCCUCCACUUUAGAAACGUUUUCUUGCCAGCAGUUAGAGCUGCACCGCUCGUUAGACUACUGGAUCACUGCAAAUCCUCACCCUCCUCUGCAUCUUCCAAAAU